AUGGCCAACUCCAUCGACAACGUGAAGCCCUGUGCCGAAGGUGACGGCCAGCUGACAGCAAACGGGACCGGAACUGACAAGGACGGCAUCCAGAGAGGCUGUGCUUCUGCAGAUGCUAGCGUCGACAUUGAGGCGGAGCACCGCAACUCUAACCAGAACAGGCCCGAAAACGCCAGCGUCAAUAGCGGCCCCAACCCGCCGGCCUCGGACAGCGGCCAGGGCGAGGCGCCACCCGCUCCCGAAGGCGCUGCAGAAGAUGCCAAGCUCGACGCGGCGGCCACGGUCGGCGGUGAGCCUGGUACCGCGGUUGCCGAGAAAAAAAAGAAGAAGAAGAAGCCUCGCAACAGGAACAGCAGGGCCCCCACGGCCCUGAACAAGUUCCGCGGCACUGGCUUUGAGGAGAACUUUGCCGAUCCUCCCAUGACUCCGGCCGAGUACCAGGAGGAGCUGAUUCUCUAUGACCCGCGAAUCGAGGAGAGCAUCCGCCGCUUCCGUGGCCGCCGCCGGUUGGACUCCACCCGCACCUACAUGUUCAACCGCUACCUUAACCUCGGUGGCAUCGACACCUCGCAGCGCCAGUUCCAGGGCUUCUGCGGCGUUACACCCAACGAGGACGACCCUCUCACCACCCAGGAGCAGCGCCUUGUGGCUAGCAACGACGUCAUCCACCGCCGCGGCGACGACAGCCGUUACUAUGACCCCGAGGACGAGGGCGGCUGGGAGGUCGACUUUACCGGUGUUGUGUCGUCCUUCCUUUCCCGCACGCUCCCGCACGACGUCGCCGGCGACCCAGAAUACAUCACCCAGGGCAUCGACCUGAUCCUCAACUGGCUCAACUACCUGACCCACCACGGCGUCUGCCCCGAGCACGCCGACGACCUGGCCCGCGCCCGCCAGGUCUGCCUCGAUGCCAAGAAGGAGCUGCCCGGCAUCGGCGCCGCCCUGGCCGCGGGCAUGGGCCAGUUCAACUACGCCUGCCGCGCCGUCUUCAACCUGCUCGCCGACCAGGCCUCGCCCUGGGUCGACCGCAUCUCGCUCGACCCGGCCGUUGACGCCGCCGGCAUCUCCUGGCCCCUCGUCUUCUGCGCCACCGUGGCCAUGCUCAACCCCUUCGGCGCCGACGACGAGGCCCGCACCGACAUGGCCCGCUGGGCCUCGGUCGACCCGUCCCUGGCCGCCCUGGCCGCCGCCGUCACGGGCGUAGACGUGCGCGAGCAGACAGUCGAGGUGGUCGAGGUGCGCGCGCCCGACAACGAGACCCGCCUCAUCUUCGGGAGCCUGCGUGGCGUCCACGGCUGCGCCACCGGCGCCGACGCCCACCGCGCGCCCGCCGUGGUCGUCGUGUGUCCGGCUGUCAUCGAGGACGGCUGGGCCGGCGAGGACGGCGAGGACGACGCAGACGGCGCGCCGCCGCCACUGGAGGAGUUCAUCUUUGACCACGACCAGGUCGCGAGCAGGCUGCGGCCCGGCAUGAAGAUGCGGCUCGAGACGGCCGAGGUGCACCACCCGCGCUUCCGCCUCAAGUUUGUCACCCAGCUCAUCGACAUCGUGCCGUCCUUUUAUUAUUUCCUGCCCCAGGAGCUCAUGGUCGGCUUCAAGGAGCCCGUCGAGUGCGACCGCGACCCCGGCUCCGUCGACAACCCGGGCGGCAAGGCCUGGUCUGGACCCUUCAUGGAGGUCUACCAGGGUGGUGAGGGUGACGUUUAAGUACGGGGGUCCGGAUUCCGGCUUGCUUGGGAGUUUGGUGGAUUUGACAACAGGGUAACUUUGGG